AUGGAGGAGAUGGGAUUGCCAGAAAGAUUGUUCGAGUCUGGAUUUGAACCUACUGGUAGAAAAAGGGUUCACAGUUAUUUUACUCUUAGAUGGGUUGAGCUUAUUAAACCAGCAAUUGAUCCAGAUUACAUCGACAUGUUGAAUGAGUUUGCUAUUGUGACUGGUUUGAAUUGUGAGGAACCAGAUGUUACCAUUUGUAAGAUAGCGAAGAAAAGCAAAGCGAUUAAAGGAAGGAAAAAGAAAGUUAAUGUGGGGAAAGAAAGAGGUCCUAUGUGGGUUGAAUUGUUCGGAGAAUCUGUUGAUCCCACUGUUUCUUGGAUUCUAGACAGGCGUGAGUCUUUUAUUAUGUCUGUUGAGAGUGCAAAGGCACGUACAGCAUCCCAAUAUGCUCAGAGCACAACCGCUAUUCAAGGAUUUGUGCAUGCUAUUGUACUCGUUGCUGCUUGUUCUUGUCCAGAAAUUGUUAAAUAUGAAGCUGCAGAAGAUUCUUCAUCAGCGGAUGAAGAAAGCAUUGAACAUGUUGUUAAAUUUGUUGUUGAUAGUAGGCUUUCUGUGAGAUCGACACUUAGUGAUUCAAUAAGUGGCAGUAUUUCGAAGAGUGUAUUUGAUGAUGAACAAGAUGAUCCUCAAGUACUGCAUAUGCUUGCUUUGAUUAACGAGGAUUUCCCAUUUGAACAUAAUUCAUGGCGUGUAGGUGUGAAAGCAUGUGAGGCUGUUGAAACGAAGGUUAUAGAUAGUAAUGAUGGUUAUGCAGAGGUAGAAGUGUCUACGGAGAUAUAUACUGCUCAUGCACCAUGUUUAUCAAAGGUUGUUAAUCCUAGUACUAUGUGUACUGCCGUAGCUGAUGAUCGUCUUGGUAAACAUUUCGGAAAAUUAAAGGAUAAUGGAGAUCGAGUAGAAUGUGUUGAUGUUUCUGCUCAGUUAAAAAAUUUAGCUGAUGCAUAUGAAGAUCGGACAGCGGAAAUGUUAAGAGGUGUUUCUGCUAGUUUUGAGUUUGUUGCGCACGUCAUCGAUAAGAUCUCGAAAGUUGAGACCAUCUUUGAGAACGACUGUGGCAAAACCUUCUACUGA